AAGGAAGGCAGCGCGGCGCCAUAUUUAAUACAUCGGAUGCUAGCCGCUUUUAGCUGUUUACUGACUGAAACUUCAAACUGGACGCGGAAAGGUUCAACAAGCCCUUGCUCUUAUCCAAAAUGAAUGUAGUGGAUCAUGUUCGGGAUAUGGCUGCAGCCGGCCUUUAUUCUAAUGUCCGCAUAUUGAGCAGUUUGUUGCUGACGAUGAGUAAUAACAACCCAGAACUGUUCUCACCAGCCCAGAAGUACCAGCUCUUGGUUUAUCAUGCUGAUGCCAUCUUUCAUGAUAAGGAAUACCGUAAUGCUGCCUGCAAAUACAGCAUGGCCCUGCAGCAGAAGAAGGUUCUCAGCAAAACAUCCAAAGUUCGUUCUUCUACUGGUGGAGCUGCAGCCAACAUUCAGGCACAGAGUUUGCCAUCAGAGAUAGAGGUAAAGUACAAGAUAGCUGAAUGCUACACCAUUUUGAAACUGGAUAAAGAUGCUAUUGCUGUGCUGGAUGGGAUUGCAUCAAGACAAAGAACUCCAAAGAUCAACAUGAUGCUGGCUAAUCUGUACAGGAAAGCCGGUCAAGAACGUUCUGCCGUGACGAGCUACAAAGAGGUGCUCAGACAGUGUCCUCUUGCCUUGGAUGCAAUAAUCGGCCUUCUUUCUCUGUCAGUUAAAGGAGCAGAGGUGGCUUCCAUGACUAUGGAUGUGAUUCAGAGUCUUCCUAAUUUGGACUGGCUGUCGGUGUGGAUCAAAGCAUAUGCCUUUAUACAUGCAGGGGACAACCAAAGAGCCAUCAACACUAUUUGCUCUUUGGAGAAGAAGUCUCUGCUGCGGGACAAUGCGGAUCUCCUGGUGAGCCUGGCAGAUGUCCAUUUCAGGGCAGGUGACACCAAAAAUGCCAUUCUUAAAUUUGAACAAGCUCAGAUGCUGGACCCAUACCUCAUCAAAGGGAUGGAUGUUUAUGGCUAUUUAAUGGCCCGGGAGGGACACUUGGAAGAUGUUGAAGUCCUUGGAGGGCGAUUAUUUAAUAUUUCUGACCAACACGCUGAACCCUGGGUGAUCUCUGGCUGCCACAGCUUUUAUAGCAAGCGCUAUUCCAGGGCCCUCUACCUUGGGGCCAAGGCCAUCCAGCUGAACAGCAACAGUGUCCAGGCUCUCCUCCUGAAGGGGGCAGCCCUGAGAAACAUGGGCCGGGUUCAGGAAGCAAUCAUCCAUUUCAGAGAGGCCAUGCGGUUAGCCCCGUGCAGACUCGACUGCUACGAAGGUCUGAUCGACUGCUACCUGGCUUCCAAUGGGGUUCGAGAAGCUAUGGGGAUGGCAAACAAUAUCUAUAAGACUCUGGGGGCCAAUGCACAGACUCUGACCAUCCUUGCCACUGUGUGCCUGGAAGACCCUGUGACUCAAGAAAAGGCCAAAGGCCUGCUGGACAAAGCCCUCGCUCAGAGACCCGACUACACCAAGGCUGUGGUGAAAAAGGCCGAACUGCUCAAUCGGGAACAGAAAUAUGAUGAAGGGAUUGCUCUCCUACGGAAUGCCCUGGCCAAUCAAAGUGACUGUGUCCUGCACAGAAUGCUGGGAGAUUUCCUGGUGUCUGUCAGUGAUUACCAAGAGGCCAUGGACCAGUACAGCAUAGCAUUGAGCUUGGAUCCUAAUGACCAAAAGUCUUUGGAGGGAAUGCAGAAGAUGGAGAAGGAGGAGAGCCCCACAGAUGCCACAGUGGAGCUGGAUGGUGAUGACAUGGAGGGCAGUGGGGAGGAUGGAGAUCUCGAGGGCAGUGACAGUGAAGCUGCUCAGUGGGCUGAUCAGGAGCAGUGGUUUGGGAUGCAAUGACCCAGGGCCACAGAAGAGCCCUCAGUCACUGCCACACAUUAGCACACCAGACGCCUUCAGCCACUGUGGCAGUCUAAUAGACACCUCUGGUGACACCCUGGAAGCCGUGCAGCUGCUGCUGAUGUUUUGGUUUAUCCUGAUUGGGAACAACACAGGAGGGACUUUGCAUGGAGUACCCACCCACUUUAACCGAGAUUCAGUUUAAUGCAGAUCUCAAGCCAAACCCUUUUGCCAUUAUUCUACCAACACCUGAGGUUACUUCAGCUUUAUUUACCUGCAUCAGUCACUGCAGCAGUUUGAUAAAAGCGGUGGGCAUCCAACCACAGAAAAACGAGCGAUUAUUUGGUUUGUAAACGAAACAUUUUACUUCUUCGACUUUUAGUCUUUAAAUGAUCUUUGGUGCGACACCACGUCCGUUAGCGUUCAGGUCAUGCAGUACAUAACUUGCUAUUAAACUGAGGUCUGCUCUGUAUAGAGGUGUUUUGAGGCAAGCAGUUAGAUUUAGUACUCCUCAGCUGUGUAAAAGAAUAGACGGGCGGAGACAAAACAAAUCUGAUAUAUAUGUUCCAAAACGAUGCAAUUGUGUUUGAGUCUGACCUGAUGUCCGCAGUGCCACACCAAGGGAUGUGAAUAUGCCUGAACUCUGUGACAGUGUUCAAUAUUUUGGCUGCUUUAUAUACUUUUGUCUUCUAUUCAUUUCAAAUAUUUUAUGGGUUUCGCUUUGUGUGUCUGUCUGUAUUAAAAGCAAGAAGAAAAGAAACAUGAUUAACUCACUAAAUUGUAAAGUUUCCCUUAAUCAUAAGUAAAAUGUUUAUAUUUUUGUACAUAUUUUAGUAAAUGUAUAAUAAACAGUGCAAAGAUUCUGGCAUGCA